AGGCCCGGCCGUCGUGGCUACCGCUGCACCGCGGCGAAGAGGUCGCGCCGACCCCACCAGGUUCUCAGGUGCACCGGGUCUACGGCCUCAUACACUCUACACAGGCCAAAGUACAUUCCAUUAAUUAAAAUCACUACAUUACAAGACACAAGGGGUAGAGUGCCUCCUCCCGAAUUGAGAAGUUCCCAAAGAGACUCCCCAAGGUUCAAGUUGGGGAGCAGUCUACGAUAACUAUAUGUACAAAAACUACACGUCAGGUAGUUGGGCAAUUCUUGAUGUAAUUCUCACCUGGACUAGUACUACUAGUAGAUGUGUUUAUGGGUGUUUUUAUUUUUAUAAAAAAUGUCUUCCCUGUAGCUCAUGUACAGUGAAAUGGCGACUUUGGCCGAGGGGAUAGAGAGCGAUCGUAGUAGGCCGACGGUACCGCAGAACCACCGGUAUGCGUCUCUCGCUCCGCAGUCGGAGUAAAGUACUGAUAUCGGGUGGUUGCGCGCGUUUUUCUUCUAUACUACUAACUACUGCAUCCAAGUGCAUUGACUACCUGAAGUCAAUCCUUUUAAUCAUCGUUUUUUUUUUUGUCGAAUUUUUUUCGCUCGGUGGUACCUGACGUCGUGAUUUGGUUGUUUACGGUCGUUUGGGCCCAUUGUGGCACCCACUAUGGACGAUUAUUAGACUUUCUUUAGGUCAGUUUGUAUCGAUGAGCGUGCGUUGUAUUGUGGAUUUUCUUGUGCUAAAAUGACUUACGGUUCAAGGGAUAAACUAUAAGAGGAUUUAGAAUUCGGUUCUCUUAGUUUAAGAUGCCGGAAACAGUGACGGCCUCCUCGACCGAAGAGAGACCUCUGGCCUUGUCUAGAAGGGACUUUUCCUUACCUUCGCCCAGCGCCUCCUCCUCCUCCGGAAGGUCUUCUUCCGGCACCAGAUAUGACGGGCAAAUGUCGUACCAUCAUCAGGUUCAACUAGGGCCCACCAUGGGCCACCAUCGGGAAACCUCGGCAUUCGUUCCGGUGGUUCCCUCGCGGAAUAUGCCGCAUCCGAUGUUAUACCCGGGGGAGAUUCAUCCCCUUUUAGGGUUGGAAAACAGAGAGAGAAAUCCCGACGGGAGUAAAAAUGCUGAAGGAUCUACGACCACGUCGAUCCGCAAAUCAACCUCCUCCUCCUCCUCCUCGUCGUUCGACCUGAUGGCCAUGAUGGCGGACAAACGUAAGGAGCUUCAGCUGCGCGAGGAGGCGGCUUGCGUGGCGGCAGCCCACGCAGCCGCCCUCAUGCUGCCCCAUCGUCCGCCCGCCGCCCUCAUCGAUGCCGCCAACGGGCAGCCGCCGCCUCCGCCGCCCCACGGCUACCCCGCAUUCUUACCGGCCAGUCCGGCGAACGGCGGCACGUUCACGUUCCCGGGCGGCGGCGCGUUGUUUCCCCCCGGACCGCCCCAGAUGCACCCGCACUUGGACCGGAGACUGUUGAGGGCCCCCGGUAGAGCCUCGAGGCCUAAAAAGCAGUUCAUUUGCAAGUUUUGCAACCGGCAGUUUACCAAGAGUUACAAUUUGUUGAUACACGAAAGGACCCACACGGACGAGAGGCCUUACAGUUGCGAUAUCUGCGGGAAGGCUUUCAGGAGGCAGGACCAUCUGAGGGAUCACAGAUACAUCCAUUCAAAGGAAAAACCGUUCAAAUGCAACGAGUGCGGCAAAGGGUUCUGCCAGUCGCGCACCCUGGCGGUGCACAAGAUCCUCCACAUGGACGAGUCCCCUCACAAGUGCCACGUGUGCUCCCGCUCGUUCAAUCAACGGUCGAACCUCAAAACCCACUUGUUAACCCACACCGACCAUAAACCCUACGAGUGUAACAGUUGCGGCAAAGUAUUCCGAAGAAACUGCGACCUGAGACGACACGCUUUGACCCACGCGGUGGGUGACGUACCUCCGGAGGAUUUGGAGGGUUUGGAGGGAGAGCGCAUGUCUCCUAGACCAAGGUCACCAUCGCAAGAAACAAGUGGGGAUAAGGGUGAUAAGAUAAGGGUGUGCUCGCCAGUUCCGGAGCGCACCCACUGCCACGAACCCCGUUUGACCUCCUCCCCGUACACGAUGAGACCCUCGAUGGAAAAAUCGGAUUAUCGGCAUGACGACAUGGACGAGGGGGAGGACGAGGAGGACGAAGACGACCCGGAAAUCGAUCCGGGGCAAGAGGAAAUCGGCCCGGAAAUACUACAAGAGACCGAACAAGAGUCGGCAACACGUCCUAUGCCCCAACAAAUACAAAUCAGACGAGACCUGUUGGCCAAACCGUGCACCGUCACCAGCAGUGGAAAUCAUUCGCACUUCUUGAGCCCCUUUCGGAAACGUCACUUCGACCAGGAGCGUCCCGGCGCGUCGUUUUUACGCUCGCCCCGGCCCCGCACCCCGUCCAGUUACACGCACCGCCCCCUAAGUCCCCCGAUGACUUUGAGGGUGCCUUACGCCGCCCCCUAUUCGGUCGGCGGGGCGUCGAAACCGCCCGACGGGUAUCUCGGCGCGGGCGGUAAACAGUUGGGGGGGGGUGGGCAGGUGUCGCCCAAUAGCACCCCGAGCGACUUGAGUAUGAAAAAGGCGACGGGGCAUGUGGGGGGACCUCCUAGACAGCAGCAGCAACAGCAGCAGCAGCAGCAGAAGAAGACCGGGUUUACUAUCGCUGACAUUAUGGGGAGAUAAGGGUGCAAUUGUUUUUUCUGGAAUCGUGAGGCACUCGGUGCUUCGUUUGUUAUUAAGUGAGUGUGGAUUCGAUUGUUCCUUUCCCGUGUUACUCGCAAAUGACAUUCAUAAAAUUGGACAUUUUACUAUUUAAGCUUUAAUUUAUAAUUGUUUUGCAAUAUAUAUAAGGCUAUUUUUUUUAAAACAUAUUAAGCUGUAUAUAAUUUGUUUAUUUUUCCUUAAGGUGGUUUAUUUUAUAUAGGAAUUGUAUGUAAAGAUCUCCAUUUUUUUUUUUUUGGUAAAUUCAUAUAAUAAGCGUUAGAAGUUAGGUUAUUGUAAGUAAACAUCUAAUAAAUUUGAUUAAAGAAGUUCAA